GUUGCAACCCUAGUUUUUUUUUUAAUACAUAUAUGUUUUAAAAACAUAUGCGGAAUCGCUAAGAUAAAGCGGAUUUAACCGAUUGCAAAGGAUCAAGGAUAAAUCGACGUAACGCACGACGUUGACGGCGACAGCGACGCUCACUGCGACGCUGACUGCGACAGAGCGACAGUGGCGACAAUGGUGUGCUGUGCGUGUGUGUGUGUUUUGUAUCGUGUUGUCUGAUUGUGUGCCGUUGUUGUUGUUGUUGUUGUUUUUGCGUGUGGCCAAACGGACGGACAGUGGGACAAAACGGCGUACAGUGGAGCACACUCGCGAUAUCCUCGCCACGAAACACAAUAGCAAGUUAAAAAAAAAAAAAGAAGAGCAUAACAAAAACAAAGAGGUACGGGGUGUUCAUGUCGCCAAAAGUGGGCCUUUGAUGCCCUCGCAGGACUCCCGAGGACGACGACGACGACGACGACUGGUGGACUCGAAGGACCAGGACCAUGCUGCCCAUCAGCGAGUUGCAGCAGCAGCGGCAGUUGGAGCAACUGCAUCACCAGCAGAUACCAGAGAUUCCAAUUCCAGAUCUGGAGCAAGUAGAGCCCCAGGUGGGCGAUGGCAGCCUGUGGACCGCACUGUACGACUACGAGGCCCAGGGCGAGGAUGAGCUGACCCUGCGGCGAGGCGAAAUCGUGGUCGUCCUGUCAACGGACAGCGAAGUGUCCGGCGAUGUGGGCUGGUGGACGGGAAAGAUCGGGGAUAAGGUUGGCGUCUUCCCCAAGGACUUCGUCACCGACGAGGAUCCACUGCAACUGAAUGUCUCCUCCGCCAUUGGCGACAUCCAGCCGCAUGAGAUCGAGUACAAUGAGAUGGAAAUCAAGGAGGUCAUCGGUUCCGGUGGCUUCUGCAAGGUCCAUCGCGGCUACUACGAUGGCGAGGAGGUGGCCAUCAAGAUUGCCCAUCAGACGGGCGAGGAUGAUAUGCAAAGGAUGCGGGACAAUGUCCUGCAGGAGGCCAAACUCUUCUGGGCCCUCAAGCACGAGAAUAUAGCCGCCCUGCGAGGCGUUUGCCUGAACACCAAGCUGUGUUUGGUUAUGGAGUACGCCAGGGGCGGCAGCCUUAAUCGCAUCCUGGCUGGCAAGAUACCACCCGAUGUCCUGGUCAAUUGGGCCAUUCAAAUAGCCAGGGGCAUGAACUAUCUGCACAACGAGGCGCCCAUGUCGAUCAUACACCGCGACCUCAAGUCCUCCAAUGUCCUGAUCUACGAGGCCAUCGAGGGUAAUCAUCUGCAGCAAAAGACGCUCAAGAUCACGGACUUCGGCUUGGCUAGGGAGAUGUACAACACGCAGAGGAUGAGCGCGGCGGGCACGUACGCCUGGAUGCCCCCAGAGGUCAUCAGCGUUAGCACCUACUCCAAAUCCUCUGAUGUUUGGAGCUAUGGUGUAUUGCUGUGGGAAUUGAUUACGGGCGAGACGCCCUACAAGGGCUUCGAUCCUUUGUCCGUGGCCUAUGGCGUGGCUGUCAACACGCUGACCUUGCCCAUACCAAAAACCUGCCCAGAGACCUGGGGAGCCCUGAUGAAAAGCUGCUGGCAAACGGAUCCACACAAGCGACCUGGUUUCAAGGAGAUACUCAAGCAACUGGAGAGCAUCGCGUGCUCCAAAUUCACCCUGACGCCUCAGGAAUCCUUUCACUAUAUGCAGGAGUGCUGGAAGAAGGAGAUCGCCGAAGUGCUCCACGACUUGCGCGAAAAAGAAAAGGAAUUGCGCAACAAGGAGGAGCAGCUGCUCAGGGUGCAGAACGAACAGCGCGAGAAGGCGACCCUCUUAAAGAUCCAGGAACAGAUUCUGCGCGAACGCGAAAUGGUGCUUAUAGAAAGGGAACUGGUCAUGAUGCAGCCGGUGCCCUCAAAACGCAAGCCCAAAAAGGGCAAGAAGAACAAACCCCUGCAGAUAUCGCUGCCCACUGGAUUCAGGCACACCAUCACGGCCGUACGCGACAAGGCGGAACAGCCGGGAUCACCUUCCUUCUCCGGAUUGCGCAUCGUAGCACUUACCGAUGGGCACAAGGGCAAGACGUGGGGCCCCUCGACGACGCACCAGCGGGAGCGAUCCCUGCUGCCCUCGCAACUGGGUGGUGGUCAGCCGGAAUGGCCCGCCCAGACCUCGACCCACUCCUCGUUCAGCAAGAGUGCCCCGAAUCUGGACAAGAAGCAACAGCAGCAGCAGAACCAGCAACAGGUGGCCUCGCUGACGCCGCCGCCGGGUUUGGGAAAUUUGGGUGGAAGUGGAGGAGGAGGUGGAGGCGGAGGCGUUGGUGGGACAUCGGCCGCGCCUCUGUUGUACACAGGUAUACCCUAUUUACUAACGCGCCCCAACAACAACAUUGGCAAUUGUAAAGCCAUCACCACCACCACCAUCACAACCACCACCAACAACAACAACAACAGCAUCUCCGCCAACAACAACAACCAGCUAAAUAAUAAUAGUACUACUAGUAAUAGCAAUAACAAUAACAACAAUAACCCGACCUCCCAAACGAACACCAUAGUCGUCCUCCAAAAUGGCAGGAGCAACUCCAACAGCAGCACCAGCCAAACCCCAGCCAAGAUGUACCAUCGGGCCAGGAGUCAGGAGUUCGGUUUGGAUCAUCCGCACAGCUAUCAGCCGGCUCCACUCUAUGUGGUCACGGAUGACAGCUCGGAAACGGACACGGUGGCCAGUCCAACCGGUUGCUUUCCCUUUCUGAAGUCCGGUAACAACUCCUCGGCCUCGAAUCAGGCCAGUGGUGCCGUACAUCUGCACCGAUUUGGCGGCAGUCUGGGCAACAGUCCCGCCGUGGGAAGGAAGAAACAUUCGCUGGACAGCAGUGGCCAGCAUCCGUCUCCAAUCAGCAGCAAUAGCUUGGCACUGCCCCCCACCCAAUUAGCGCUGCCAUCGGAGGAUAACAAUACGUAUGACCAUGCCUUCUAUCGGGAUGUGAUCAAGAAGAUGUCCAUGGCCAGCAUCGAGAGGGUGAACUCCAAGUCCAGUGGUGACCUGACCAUGUACAACUCCAGCACACGGCUGACGACGCCCAGGGAUUGCGAUGAUGCGGAGGAGGCCUUCGAGGGUGGACGCUUUCAGCGGAAUUUCUCCGGAUCGCAAUUUCCGCGCCACUGCUUUUUCACCAGGCAGGAGGGCGAAGUGGACGUGGAGGUGGAGGAGGCGGAGGUGGACUCACUGGAGGCAGACGGCGAAGAUGACAGUCAAGUGCCCAUCAACCAGAUGCGCCAGAAUUCCACCACCUCGCGCAAGAGCUCAGUGACCUUCCAGAGCGUUAGUUUCGAGGAGCCCGCAUCCGUGCACACGCCACCGCCAACGACUGCCAGAUCGGAUCUAUACACGUCCAGUGCCUCCAUUAGCUUCGCCACCUACCGCUCCGCCUCGCCAUCGCUGUCUUCGUCCUCCACAACGGCAUCCGCCUCCGCAUCGAUCGCAUCGUCCGGUGGCGAAAUGAUCCAGGGUGAGGCCUGGACCGCCCGUCGCAUGGUCAAUGUCCAGCCACAUUCCGAUGUCAUUAAGAUGAAGGAGGACCUGCGGGCCGUGGAGCAGCGUCAGCACAGCAAGAACCAAAAGAAGCAUCGACCCAAGCACAUCACCAAAUCCAAGUCUGUCGAAGCGCCAGACGAGGGGCAGCAUCCGCAUCCCCAUCAUCAUCAGGAUAAUCCCCAGCACCACCACCAUCAUCAUCAUCACUCCAGGUUCCGCUCGCUGUUCAAUCUCUUUACGCGUUCGCGCAAAAAGUACAGCAAGCUGGCCGAGCACAACCUGAUGGGUGGAACCGAUUUCAGUGCCAUCGAUCCCUAUCAAACCGAUUUGGCCAUAGGCGGCACUAGUCGAUCCCUGAAGCGCAAGGGCAAGAAGCCGCAGACGCAGUCCUGCGAGCAAUUGGAGCGAUGUUGAUAGAUCAUCGAGGAUCGGAUUGUACAGAAACGGAGUUAGAGCUGUGCUGCUGUUGGAGAACCGCCUAAUUAGCUCAUUGUUUUAUAUUAAAACUCUAGACUAAGUCAGACGAAAGAGAUAGAGAAAAGAAAAGAAAAAAACCAGACGACAGAAGGAGACUUCCUCUGAGGAUUAGCCUUAGCUAAUGUGUCAAAAUAGUAGGGCUUAGAUUCCCAAAACCCCGUCUAACGAAAUCACUAAAACAACAAAACAAAACUCCCUUCUCCGAGAAAGGCAUUUCAAAAUAACCGAUUUGUUCCUAACGAAUGCAAUAUGCUAAAUCUACAUCUGCAAACCAGAUUUCUUAAUUAGUCCAGUGAUUUUUGUCAGGGAAAGUACCUAAAAAAUUGCGAAACGAUAGCGAGAAGGCGAAGAUUUGUGGAUUAUACGGAUAGACUAACGCUGUUCAUACGUAGACAUCCAAAAGAAAACACGUGCAUGGGCCAAUGGCAAAAUAUUCAACUAAACCAUUUACAUUAAUGUGUAACAAUUGGAUUAACAUUAAGUAAACCAUAUUGCUAUAUUUAUACCGAUGCGUAUAAGCGUCCUUACAUUACAUUACACACACAUCUUAGUUGAACUAAGUUUUAAUUGUUUAGGAAUUCCACUUUUUUUUUUGUGUCUCGCGAGGAGCCUUCUCUUCCCCCUUUUCUAUGUAAGAGAUAUUUUUUCAAAUUUUCAUCGCUUUCCGCAUUUCGUUUGGCUAAAGCUUAAGGACAAAUUUGCAAACGAUUUGCGGAACACAGGGGACUCUAUUUAAUUCUUAAUUUGAUAUUCAACUCCUUUGGUAUUUUGAGCACAGUUUUAUUUACAUUUAUUACGCAAUCGGGUUUCCAAUUAAUUUAUUUAUGAUUUCUUUUACAAAAGCACACGAGUAAUACGCGCAAAAAAACCUGUGAUCAAAAAACGAUGAUGGAAAAAAAAGAAAUGCUAAUUUUUUUGUAUUAUUUUUAUGAAAAUUUUCAAUUGUAUAUUUAUAUUCAUUUUACGAUUUGUUCAUUUUACGUUUACUGCUCGAUUCGAUUUGUACUUUGUAUGUUAAUGUAUUUUCCACUUUGGGGCCAAGCCAACCCAAAAAAAAAAAACAAAAAUAAAAAGAACCAAUACUUAGAAACAUAAA